CGGAGGAUCGUCCGCGCGACAAAACGAGCAGCUGCUCACAGUCGGUGGGAGGAGUUAUGGUUGUUGUCGCUAUUUGGCAGCUGAAAGCCGAACACACUGGCAUAACACAAGACAGAAAGCUAAACGAAUAAGUUAAGUUAAAACAAUGUCUUCCCUAAGCGGUAUGUCUGCGCAGCAAAUCAGCUACCUGCUCGAUGAAUACGGGAUAAAGCACGGGCCUGUUGUCGACUCCACCAGAAGUCUGUAUGAGAGGAAGCUGAGAGAGGCCAUGGCCCAAGGGAAAAAACCGAAACCUUCAUCUGACAAAACUUUCUACAGAGAAGAGGAGGAGCAAGUCACUUAUGUUUACAGGACACCCGUGAGGAGUGACGGUGCUGGAGACAGUGGGUCAUACAUGAGGUUAAGACCCGAGCGGCCUGAGAGGGAAUUUGAACAUGAGUCGUCCUACUCGAGCUACUCACGGUCAAAGCCUGAAUACAGAGGGAGGGAUUUUGUUGAUGAGCCCUACAUGUAUGACACACCGUCCACCUACAGAAACACAUAUUUGAAAUCGACCCCCAUGAAAUCUGGUCAAGAUGCUCCGCAGACACCCAAGUCGUCUCGCCUCAUCCCACUGUGGGUUCAAUUUGUGUUCUUCCUGGCUGUGGCCUUCUUCCUCUAUGUGGUUUUUUCCAGUAUGGAGACAAAUGAACCCUUCAAAGGAGUAGAAUGAUUCUUUUUAAAGUCAUGCCUAGUUUAUAGGGGUGUUACUAUAUACUUUAUUAUGCAUUUUAAUCCGAGAAAUGUACUUUGGUUAAUGCCUUUAUUUUAGACAUUGCUGAAAUUGUGAUUGAUGCAAUAUUUGUGUGUGGUACAACUGCAGAUGUUUUACUUGCUUAUGCUAAUUGAUACAACACAUAAUAGUCACUAAGCUUCAGUACAGCCUAUACUGGAAUAGGUGAGGAUACCACUAAAAAGGACUCAAAAAUACACAAAUCCUUCUUCCUGUUCCCUGCACAGCAGAUGAUGUCAGUGUGAUCUGCUAGGUUUUGGAGAUGAUCACACUUUGAUGAUGAAAGUAGAAGUAUGUAUUUUUUAAUCUGCUGUGCUUAUCAUUUCUUUAAGUACUGCAACAGGUCUAUUCAGCCUGCCAAAAUGUUCCUUUUUUUAGUGUUGCAGUACUUUAUAAUAAGGCUGUCUAAUAGUCUGUGAUUCCAUUCCUGUGAGUCCAACAAUGCUUCCUUUUGUUGAUUAUCAGAAAUAUAUUGAGGUACAGUUUGAACAGUUUUUCAGACCAGCUUUAAUUAAAUUGCCUCAGUGGUUUUGUAGAAGAAAAAUUGGAAUAUAAUUGUUUAUGUUUUGUUAGUUAAAUAGGUAGUUCAGGAAAAGUUUCCUGGGUAAAAUCUAAAAUUACACGGUUUGCACAAGCUGCAAUGCCGUGUUCUGCUUUGUUUCACUGACUUAAGAGAUAACGCACUUCUGUACAGCAUAAUUCAACUUUUACAUACAUUUGAUGUUGUCAUUUUUGUAUUGUUGUUUCAUAAGUCAACCUAUAACAAACCAGUACAUGUAAACA